CAGCUGAAAAUGGAUUUAUGGUCACGCGACAGAAGUAUGAAAAGCCCAAUCCCUGAUCUUGUUGUAGUUCCUGAAAUUGAGGAGCACCAGACAGAUCCUCUUAGUCCAGAUAUGCUCUCUUUACCAAGCAACAUAUGGUUAACACCGAGAAGUUCCGGGUCAUCUGCUGCACAGAGAGCCAGCAGUAUUACAUCUUCCAUUUUUGAUUUAUCUGCAGAAGCAGAACAACUUGAAAAAUCUCUUAAAGACAAUAAUUGUUUCAAAACACAAAAAAUUCUUGAUUUACAUCAUCACAAAUUUCCACUGCAUUUUCAAGUCGAUCGGUUUCAUCAUGAUAAAUCAAUGUCAGAACCUGCUAGAAGCAGACGACCUAGCAGUAGGAUAAGCCAAGAAGGGGAUUUCAAUUUUCGGAAGAGUCCAACUUUUCUUGAUAUUUUUGAUCAUGAUAGAAGAGAAAGCGUGACCCCUGAAGCUGAUAUUCCAUCUAUUUUUAAAACAACUCUUCAUGUAGCAAUAAGAUCUAAUUCUGUAGAAGUAAUUAAACUUUUGUUGAAAUACGGUAUUGAUCCAAAUUUUCCGACUACCAAUUUGAUGCAUGUUGCUUCAAAAGGAAACAACAUUAUUGACUGGAAGCGAGCUAAUGUCCGCCAUUCUUAUAUUUCUCAUCACAUCGAAAUAGAUUACCACGAUGAUCACAAUUUUUUCCAAAGAUACCACUGUAAAGAAACGCCAAAUAUAACAAUUUCUACCGAUGAAACCACUACAUUCCAGCAUCAAGACCCUCAUCCUACCAAUAAUAGUUCACUUGAUUUGUUAUCAUUUUACAAUCAAGAGGAACUCAAUAAUUUACCGCCUUUAUAUUCUGCGGUAGUUUUUGGUAAAAUUCAAAUCGUUCGUUUAUUAUUGCAACAUAAAGCAGAUCCAUGUAUUCAAGAUGCAAUAGGUAAUUCUCCACUUCACUUAGCAGUGACUAAGCAAUUUUUCAAUUUAAAUAUUGCCAGGGAAUUUUUAAAAUACGGUGCAAGCAUUUAUCUGCAGAAUAAUGAAGGAAUUUCGUCGUUUAAUUAUUGUUCAGAACUGCGACAAGAACAGCUGACUUUAGUUGAUUCAAUUUUGAAUGGGAAAUCAGUUUAUGUAUUGGGAGAUUCAAUUGCUCACAGAGAAGAUAUUUGCAUCCAUGGCGGUGUGCAAAGACUACUAAAAAGAUUGAAUAACUCGGAUCACAAAUCGUUAACAAAAGACAAGAAAUCUCGUUCUCAUGGUGGCACUGCUAGCGAUUUACUCAGCGAAAUGCGAGAAAGACUUUCUUCCGGUGGAUCCAGCAACCGGAGCAGUAAAAGCAAACACCAGUCGACAAUUAUAGAAGACCCAGACUUAGACAGUGAUAUAUCACUUCAAACAUUCACGUUAGAGCCAUCCAUUAGUAAUGAUAGAACAUCUAAUCGCCGCUCAAAGAUGAGCCUCCGCCGGGGUGACAGGUCCAAACACAGGAACAGUAAUGUCUCGGAACAUACAGAUAAGAGUACACUCGAUGACACUGCUCAUUCACUGUAUGGAUUGAAGAAGAUAGCAUCUAACUAUGAAUGCAUACCCUCUCUGUUAGAUGGGUUGGCAGAUUACAUCCGUAUUAUUCUUACACUGACUGAUAAUGUCGACUGUCCCGCCAUUGAUAAAGCAAUCAACGAAUUAAUGAAUCAAGUUUUACAGACUUGCUAUGAACAGCUGCAGAAAAAUGAGUGCCUGGAUGGGAAAUAUAAAAUUUUUAUACAACUUUCAAAAUUAUUACAAACAGCGUUGGAAAUUCUCAAAGGGGGACAAUCUUUACAUUUCACUGCUCUCAGUAUCAUUAAUCGUGUCAUGGAUAUAUGUAUUGUACAUAAGAAUUAUGAAAUUUCUGCCAUUUAUUCACCAUCCGUUGAUUAUGUAAAUAUAUCUGGUAUUGAUGUCCAGAGAAGUCCGAAACAUUCAUCGUGUCCUACUGGUGUAAAUAUUCCAGAUGAACCCAGCAGUCAUUCAAGUAGUGCUUUUACUAGAAUAUCAUCAGCGCAUUGUAAAAAAUCAAAUUCUGGUUCAAAUGAGAAUAGUCAGGAAAAAUCAGAUGACGAUAUUGAGUAUAAAAAGUCAUCAAAUAUUAAAAAACUACCACUGACGAUCUUAACUCAAACUGAUCCUAGUCAAAUACUCAGUGUGUUACAUAAUAACAUCACCAUGCAUAAGAGAAUCAUUGGUACUCGUCAAAAGUGUACUCCAAGUACUAGAUGGCGGCACUGUACUCAUCACUGUCUUCAGAUUCUAAGCGCAAGGAUUUUGGCCAUUAUGAGCCAUGGACAUCAAGUUCAAAAUCGUAUUGUUACAGAUGGACAUUUGAAGACUUUGGUGGAAGCCUUAGAUCCAAACCAUGAUCCUCACCUGUUGUGCCUUCUCCUCCAAUCACUAGCCUCUAUAGCCCUAAAUCCUAACAACCACCAACCUCUUAAUGAUGUAGAUAUAUCUGAUAUGCUGAUGCAGUUGCUCCUCCCCUCAGAUGAAUGGUACUACACUAACCAUAGUACUAAGUAUGCCAAAUAUGUGAAGUACCAUGCAGCUAGAAUUCUGGUCUACAUGGGCUUACUACAUAAACUUGGUGGGAGAGUGGACUUGUUUGACAGGAAGCCAUUUGAAGAGAAUGAAUUAACUAGCCAUCUUAAUGUUCACUCCCCAGAGGACAGUUUUAUAGAGCUCAUGGCAAUGGGACGUGCCAAAAUGUGGAACAGCCGAAACCACCUUCAAGCUGCUUCCUUGGAGGGUCUGGUUGCUGAGCUCAUUCAGGAAGCAGUGAUAGAAGAGAGCCAUGAAGAUAUUUCUGCCUUAAAUUACCAGUUGUCUUCCUCUGUUGAUCAUCUCCCCAGUCAUCCAGCCAAUCACAUUUUGUCGCCUGUCAUCUCACCAAAUUGCUCAUUGGAAUGUAUAGUUGACACUUAUUCAAAACCAUUUUGUGAAGUUUUGUUAAUGGGACUACCAAUGAUUGUUCAUCCAAUUAUAAUUUUACGUCUGCUUGCUCACAAACUGUUUGGAAACAUGAUAAGACGCAAGUCGCUAUAUGCUGAAACCAAGUUAAAACCACCAAAGCCAACUAAUAUUGGUCAGAUAGACAUGUGCCCACCACGUUCAUUACAUCAUCAUAAUGAACCUCCAAAACAUGAACCAGAAGUCAAAAAGGAAGUUGUGAAAAAGAAAAAAUCAAAUCCCAGAGAUUCAGAUAUGGAUUCACAAUCAUCUUUAUGUGCUGAAAAAGAAUUUACAAAACACAACGGCAUAUACUCAAAAAAUGGAAACACCUCAUUAGCAUUACGAGCAAUGGGACAUAGUUUAGCUAAUCCAUUUGAAUCAAAUAUUCCAAUCAGUCAGCAGAAGAGUGACAGAAAGGGUAGCUUUCUUGAAGAAAGUCACCAUAAAAGCCAUCAUCCUGCCCAUAUUUUUGCCUGGCAGCAUAGACAUUUACUAUCUAAAUCACAGGGUAAUGUUGCCAUUGAUAGUUCAGACACGCUUCCGCUCAAAGAUAGUGAUACAGAUAGCACCAGUUCUUCAUCAGUGACAACAUCAGAUGUUGAUAUUAUGGCAUUCCAAAGGGAACUUAUUAAUCUUCCAACUUUUGUGAUGGAUACACCAUCUGAUGUUUCACCUGUUUUUUCUAGAUCAAGUUCUGUUCCAGAUAAUCUUGCCUCUCGUUCAAGUAUCACUGAUCCUGUACCUGGAAUCAGUUCAGACAUUCUGCACAGAGAAAGGGGAGGUUCAGACCAUGAGGUUUAUAAAGUGCCAAACUCACCCUCAUAUGUGACUAUUCAUACUCCUGACAAAUUACAUUUUGAUUUAAUUGGUGAAUCGUCAACCGAUCUAAAAGAAAAUGCAUUGUCUAACAUUGUUGUAAGAUUUGAGCCUCCACCGUCGCCAAUAUCUAGUGCAAGUCAGAGUCCACAAAAUUUUGAAUUUCCAGCACCAUUUGACAUAUCAAAAUUAGGUGAAUUAUCAAAACUAACUGUUGCCACUGAAAAGGGAGUUAAUACUUCAGCUAGUGGCAGUCAUUUAAUGCCAUCACCCACGACAUCUGUCACAUCGUCAACCACAACAGGUCAUUCCAACACUUCACCUUGGUCACCAACAGCAACCACAACUCAUUCGUUUGUUCAUUCAGAAAUUCCAAGAAACCACCGUGGGGUGCUAAAAGUCAUAGAAACUUGGAUUAAUGUAUGCAGUAAUGAUUUAGAUUGCAGUAAUUUAAUUGUUCAUGAGAUGAGAGAUUUCCUUCGUAAACUGUCAGUAUUGGGACAUGAUUAUAAAACUUGGUGUCACAAAAUAGGUGCUUUGCUCCAUUUAGAGGAAAAAAGUGUUGCAAAACAGAGAACAGAAAAUACAGAUGACCCAGAGUACAUUAAAGCCAUGUACAAAAAGCUUCAAAAAUUGGUUGUGAGUGGAGAGCUUCCAUGUACCAAAGAGGAAGCAGCUACAUUAGCCAGUAUCCAGCUACAUAUUGAAGAAGCAUGGCCAGAAAAUGAUGCACAAGCAAACAUUAAAGAAAUUCAUCAGAAACUACAAUUCAGAAUUAAUGACCCACAGGAAAAUCUACGUCGUAGGAAGGAACUUAUACGUAGCAAAUGUGCCAGCCGAAUAACAAGUACUCGGAGAAGUAAGGGUAGAAUCAUCCGACAGUUGACCUGCAUCAGCGACAAUGAAGUGGAUUCAAAUGGAGAAAUUGAUCUGACCAAGUAUCUUCCUCCAGAUUUGGUAUCCUCCAAAAAGAUAGGAUGGCUAAUACAGGAAAAACAGAAGAAGCUAUGGCACACACCUCAUUAUGAUAGUGAAAUCAAGUUAAAACAGCACUAUAUAAAAAUAUGUAAAAAUUUACCUGCUCAUGGCUGUAAACUGUACCAAGUGAAAGAAUUACUUAGAGGAAAUGCUCAGAAAAAGGUUACAAGAAUGUUUGGAGUUGGGAGUGACAGAGUUGUCCUUCUUGACAACAAAUCUAAAAUUUUGGCCAAGUCACAUAGUAUUAAAGAGUUACAAGAUUUUAAUCCAGGCAGCGGAAAGUAUCACGAUGGACUUGACUUAGAAUUUAGGGGAAGUAAACCAUGGAAUCUUACAAUGUCCUCAUUAGAAAAUCUGAAGUCCGUGACAGCUGUAUUAUGGGAUGCUUUAGACAUGGAUGGUAGAUAUCUCAAUAAUGGGACUUUACGUAGAGAUAGUUUUGACUUUGAUUUUCAUUGUAAACCAUCACUUUUACGACCAGCCAUCCAUGGAGGCUCUCGGUACUCCAAGGAAUUAGAACAUCUCAGAAAGAGGCUACACUUCCCAGAAGAAGUUGCAAUCAUGUUAACAAAUGUAGAACAUGGAUUGUUUAACAGUAUUUUACCAUCACACUAUAUUCGACAGGUUACUACCGACCUGACACGAGGAUCUGUUGUGAACAGGAAGAACUCCAGUGUUGAAGAUCUCAUACAGAGAUUUAAUGAGGUUAGUUCCUGGGUCACACAACUGAUCAUCACCCAACCUACAUUUGAGAACAGAAAGGCUAUUUUGUCAUGUAUCCUCAGACUUGCCUUCUACUGUUGGUGUAUUGGUAACUUUAACACAACCAUGGAAAUAGUGGCUGGACUCAAAUCAGAAAAACUGAGGCCGUUUUGGUUGUCUAUACCUGAAGAAGACUUGUCCACGCUUCAUUUCCUGGUUUCUGCUUUGUUGACUAGACAAAUGACCAAUGAAUACAAAGAAGCUCUCAGUCGAUCUCUUGACAUCCCAGAAUGCAAAGUUGUACCAUUUUUCGGAGGAUUUUUGAGAGAUUUACGUGCAUUGUUUAUUACCCUUCCAAGUGUCAUUGUGUUGCCUGCUGAGGAAAACCAGUCCCUCGAGUUCAUAUCUGACUACAAUGGGGAAGAUAGAUUCAUGACAAGGAUCGGAGUUGGAGGUCUAUUGAAUAUGGAUAAGCUAAAACAAGCUCAUAUUGUUUUAAGUGAUAUAGCUUUAUUCCAUAGCCAUGGUCAGAGGAGACGAGAAGAAGACUGUCAGAGUAUUGAGGCAUUUGAGGAAUAUGAUAAUGAUUGUGAAAGUGAUUAUGACCUUGACCUUGACUCUUAUCAGCCAAUUAAGGAAAUUUCGGCAGACCAUGAAUUCAUGUUAAUAACUAGAAAAAUGGCUAAAAUAGACUCUCAGACAUUACAAAGCUUACAUCACGGAACAACUGUUGUGAGAGUUGAGGAAGACAGCAAUAGGUCAUGCAUGUGCUACCUCAAACUUGAAAUUGACAAUUCAACCUUGACUUGGAGGAAACAGUCGUGGAGUUCUCUCAGUGCAAGCUCUUCAACAUAUCCAGACUUUGCUUUGAAAGGUGAAUCAGAUUCUAGUUCAACACAGGUUUUAUGUAUGAGGUAUUCUGGUGGAGAAGAUGUGUACGAGACUUUGGAAGAGGGUUUUAUAGAUUUACGUCUAGUCAAAGAAGUUUCAAGGAGAAAUGACUUAACUAUGAAUGAUCUUGGAAUCAUUAUGAAAAGACAUAACAUGGAAAAUUUAGAUUCACAGAAAAAUGUCAUAUCAAUUUUAUAUGGUGCCAGUUACUCAGAAAAUCGUAAAAUUUACUUUGUUGUUCCCAAAUUCACUUGUAGAAUGUGGUACUCAGGAUUAGUGCGUUUAGUAAGAGCAGCAAGAAGACUUUCAUGGCAGACAGAUAAACGAGUACAGUGUUUGAAAGUUCAGUAUUUACAAUUGUUUUACGAGAAUGAGAAAUGUCUUGGACCAACUCCUGCAGAGGCUAUCAAGGUAUUUGGAGGUCGUAACUGGUCUGUUAGACCCCAGACCACUUCUGGCUCACAAGAUCUCACACCAUCUUCUUCCAAGUGGACACCAAAUGUUGGACCAUUUAAAAAGAAAAACAGUAGUUUUUCAUCAUCAAAGAGUGUAGAAUUAGAUGGUCAAGGCUCAAGACGAUCCAGUGGAUACAUUACAACCUCUAAGGAAUCUAGUCCAAAACUAGCUGGCAGUAGUGCAAUAAAUGACAAACACUCAGGGAUGUCUAAAUCAUUCGAUACCGGUAUACCCAAGUCUCUCGCAGCUAGUGAUCAGAACCUGGAUAAACUGUUGAAAAACGAUAACGGUGAAAGGCCACGUAGUCUCACAUUCAGUUUUACAAAUUGUUAUCGUAACAAGCGAAGACGCAUGUCUCUUGGAAUGCAUUCGAUGGAGAACAAAACAAGCUCAAUAACACAUUCCAUACAGCUGACAUUCCUGGAUUUUGUUGAUUUGUUUAAAGCUUUUAGUUUACGAUGUCGGAGAGAUUUGAAAGAUUUGUUUGAAGAAUUUGCUUUGUCGUGUAAACCUAGCGGUAAAGAUCCACCUGUUGUUAGACCACCAGGAUAUGCUCCACCUCCUGGUGAUUACUGUGUAAUAACAAGAAACAGUUUGUAUGAGUUGUCACAAGAUAACGUUCAGAGACAUAAGAUCUGUGAUGCCAUUGCUGUAGCAAGUAUAGGACCAAACUGUGCUGGAGUAGAGAGCACACAGAAUCGCUGUCUUAGUCUUAAGGAAUUCAAAGAAUUUUUAGAAGAAUACCAAGAUCAACAUCUUCAUGAUGAAGAAAUCAUACACCUUAUUCAGCAACAUGAAGCAGACCCAGUAUUACGGAACAACAACUGCUUGUCAUUUGAAGGAUUUGCUCGGUUUUUGAUGGACAAGGAUAACUACGCCUACAUCUACGAGAAAACACGACACAAUGACGAGGAUAUGGAACAACCACUGUCUCAUUACUACAUAGCCUCAUCUCAUAACACAUAUCUAACAGGGCACCAGUUAACUGGAGAGUCAUCACCAGAACUGUAUAGCCAGGUGUUAUUACUAGGUUGUCGGUGUGUAGAGUUGGACUGUUGGGACGGAGAUGAUGGGUGGCCUAUCAUUUACCAUGGUCACACUCUAACCACUAAGAUACAGUUUAAAGCAGCUGUAGAGGCAAUCAAUAAAAGUGCCUUUGUGACAUCCCCCUAUCCUGUUAUUUUGUCUAUAGAGAACCACUGUUCUGUCCCUCAACAACAGAAGAUGGCCAAAAUAUUCAAUGAAGUUUUUGGAGAGAGGCUUGUUACCAGUUUUUUGUUUGAAAGUGACUUCUGUGAAGACCCCCAGUUACCCUCACCUAAUCAACUGAAAUACAAGAUACUAAUAAAGAACAAGAAAGCUAGAGACCAGGAAGGGUUUCCUUUGAAAAAGGUAUCAUCAUGUCCAAGAACCAACAGUAUGGCGUCUACAGACUUUGAUGACGAUGAUGUUGAUGAUGAUGAAGAUGAUGAAGAGGAGAUAACUGAUGUGAAAGAACAGCUUCGUACAUCUGUGGAUAGCCAGGACAGUCAAGCUGGUGACCAGGAGGAUUCACGGGGAAGGAGCAGUACACCUUCUGAUUAUCAGGGGAGACCUUCUUCUGGAUCCUUCAGUGAGAGAACGGACAGAAGUUCUAGGAUGCAAUCAGAACUAGUGGACUGGCAGUUUGUUGAUGACCCCUAUGACCCAAAAACUCCCAAUAAAUCCAAGCAAAAGAAAACAAGUCAAAUUGCCAAAGAAUUGUCAGAUCUUGUUGUGUAUUUCCAGGCAAUUAAGUUCAGAGGGUUAACCAUCAGUCCCAAUACUUCACUGAAAAAGAAAGGAAUCAGAAGAAGUGCCAUUUUAACAAGUAACCCAAGUACGCCAACCAUUCUGUCCGAGAAAAGUGAGGUGAGCGUGUCUUCAAACAUGAUUCGACAGAGACGACCUGACAGUGUUCCUCCAUGUUACCAGGUGUCAUCACUAAAUGAAGGCAAAGCCAGAACACUGUGUAGACGUAGUCCAAUUGGUGUUAUCAAUCAUACUGAAAAGCAGCUGAUGAGAACAUACCCAUCUGGCAUGAGAAUUGACUCAUCAAAUUUCAAUCCUGUCAUUUUCUGGGCUUUUGGUCUCCAGAUGGUAGCCCUCAAUUAUCAGACUGAAGACAGAGCAAUGGCCCUCAACACAGCAAUGUUCGAACAGAAUGGACAGAGUGGAUAUGUACUGAAGCCAGCUGUCAUGUGGGAUAAAAGUCACAUGAUGUACAAUCAUUUUAAUCCAAUGGACAAAGAAUUUGAUGGUUUACAUGCUACUUUACUUACAUUACGUGUUAUAUCUGGACAAUACAUAAGUAACAUCCAUACAGCCAGUACUUAUGUGGAAGUGGAAAUUAUAGGAAUACCUGUGGAUUGUGCCAAGCAUAAGACUAAUGUGGCCUCCAGAAACUCUUUGAAUCCAAUCUGGAAUGAUACCUUUACUUUUCAGAUAAUGUUCCAUGACUUGGCUUUCAUUAGAUUUGUAGUGAUAGAUGCCAGCACCAAUCAUAUCCUCUCUCAGAGAAUUAUACCACUUAGGUGCCUGAGACCAGGGUACAGGCAUGUGAGAUUAAGAAAUGCUAGUAACAAGCCGUUAGAGCUUGCCACUUUGUUCAUCUGCUCUAAACAUGAAGAAGAACUUUUAGACAUGUGUAGUGGGGAAAACAACAAUGAAUAUUUGGACUAUUCAUCAGCAAAACGAAGAUCAUUUGCUAAGGUCAAAGAUUCUUCUGAAAGUGGAAGAGAUUUACUAGUCCCAGUUGGUGCUAGAAAGAGGAGAAUGUUUUUCAUCAGUGUUUAUGGAGUUAAUGACCCUGAUGAGUAUGUUAUCCUGAAGGUCACACAAGAUACAUCUGUAUAUGAUGCCAUUGCUCAGGCAUUGAGUAAGGCUGGGAAGGUUGAUGAUAUUAUAACAAACUAUGUUUUGGUGGAAGAUGUUCAGAGUGGAUGGGAGAAAAAGGAACAAGAAAGAGCAAGUGAGCAGAGAAUCCUGGACAUGACUGAGAAAGUAUUACAGGCUCAGAAUAGAUGGACUGGAGCAGGGAAAUUUAUUCUUAGGAAAGUCAGUGAUGAUCCUAGCAGUAGAGCUUGGAUUACAACCAUGCUGUCCAGGGAACGACAGAGAAUUAAAUGUGAGAAUGAUGCUGCUGAUUGGGAGAGUGUGGAACAAGUGUUUAUUGUCUGUGUAUAUAAUGUAGCACCAGACCAACCGUACACAAUAUUCAAGGCACCAAUAUCCAGUACAGCUCAAGAUAUCAUUACACAGGCCAUGAUGAAAGCCCACAGAUCAGAUCCUGAAAAUUUGAGGAAGUUUGUGUUAGUUGAAGAGGUAGAAUGUCCCAGUAGUGAUACACAGAGUCCACAUGCCAGGCGGCACAGCACUGACCACCCAGACAGACGCAUUCUUGAUGAUGAUGAAAAUGUUUACCUGGCUCAGAGAGAAUGGAAAACAAAUGGAAAAUUUAUUAUAAUGGACAAAAGUCAAGCAGAGCAUGAUAUUAUACAUAUUGAGAGAAAAAAGAAAGGAUCAUCAAAGAGUGGACCAUCAAAAGGAGGAACAAGUAAAGUCCAACCAAAGAAAAAAUCCACCAAGACUCAGUCUCCUGAUAAAACUGAGACAAGUACUGGUACCAAGCUACCCACAACAUCAGGUGCAUGGCAAGGAAGUCCUUCAUCUCAGUCAGGAUCUACCCUCAAGAGACUGUCAGCCAAGUUUUCACACAAGCUUAGCAAAUGAAGAACUAACCACCAAGAGAACAUUUAUUUCCAAGAAUAACAGCCAAAGUCUUGAGUAGUUACACUCAAUAAUUACAUCAAGAUAUUUCACAGAUCAAAAGUAGAACUUGGAAUUUUAAUUGCAGGAAUACUGUUACGACUUUUUAUUCCAAUUUUGCAUGAAAGUCCAGAAAUGCCAUUCUUAUUGCAGUGAAAAAUAUUUUUGAUAUUUGCUGCAUUUUUUUACCAAAAAAUUCCAAGAAAAACUCUGCUGAACAAGAUAUAUAGACCAUUUGAAGUGCAGAAUUGACAAGGAUAAGGGUAUUGUUAUGAUUUUCAUACAAUUUAAAUGUCACCAGUUCAAACAUUGAGAAGUCGAUGAAAGUGAAAAUUUUACAUACUUUUUUGUGUUAUCAUAAUUGGUGUCAGUUUCAUUCAUUGUCAUAAAAGAAAACAUCUAUUAUGACCCAUGUACAAAUCUGUGUUAUUUUGUAAUGAAGUUUGAAUGGUUGGUUUGUGCAGUUAAAGGGAGUUAGUACAUGAUUUGUAGAUUAAAUUGUCUCCCUUCACCAACACUGUGAAAUAUAUACUUUACAAUUUAAUGCAUGAGCAUGCAUUUUUUUAAGAUAUCACAAAAAGAUCUCUAUUUGAAGUGCAUAUCUGCUCUGUUAUUUAAUUGUGUAACAGAUGUUGCUAUUUCCAGGUCAAUUGAGACAUUAAAAAAUUGUGUACUUGGACAAUAUAGUUGUAAUGUGUAAUUGCUUUAAUGAAUGAAUAUGUGUGAUAUAAAUCAGUUGACUUUAAGAGGAGAUUGUUAUAGAAAUAAUUAUUUAGAUGUAAAACAUACUUUGUUUUAAACCUAUUUCUGAUGUUGUUAAAGAAAAUAUUCAGAGGAAACUAUUAAAUGCAUGUAAACUUUGAAACAAAGGCAUUGAAGGAUCUCACCAUAAAACCUAAUUGUAAGGUGAUUUAUCACCAUAUUUUUAACUCUGAUAACACCAAAUAUGGUAUAAAAGAGUUAAUUAUAGUUCAAAAAAAAAUAAGAAAUAUAGAAAAAUGGUAAAAAAAUAAUGAACAGACAAUAAUUGGGUGCUACAAUAUUAAGAAACAAGAAAAAUGGUACAAGAUACUAAUUUUUGGUAUUGUAGUUGUUAGAAUUAAGAAAUUCAUGUUUUUUUGUAAUUACAAAAUUAAUAGUCACUAAAUUUCACUUGUUAAAUAGAAUCCAACAAAAAAUAAUGUUUUGUUUGUGAAGCUAGCCAGAUAUGGAUGUUGUAACCAACAGAAAUCUAUAUUGAUUAUUUUUUUGCAAGAUUUUUAUGUAAAACAAAUUUUGUAAAGUAGAUCUUAGCUAUUAUGUUUGCUGAAGUAUGUUUGAGCCCCAGUAGUUACACAAUAGAAUGAAUAAAACAUAAAGGAUUAACUUGUUAGUAGAGCAUUACAGCCUAAGCUGUGUAUGUGCUUACCUAUUGUUUUGCAACUGAUCAGUUCUCCUUUAAAAUUUAAAAUUUGUAAGUUAUUGAAAAGACCAGGGAUACGCCUUGAUUCCCAUUUUCUGUGAAACUUGAGAGUUGGUUUUCAGUAACUCGUCAUUUAAACAUUCUUCAUGACAUACUCGUAUGUGGAUCUUACAUCUGGAUUUGUAAUUUACAUAGUUAACAAUUCUUAAAGAAUUGUCAUCGGACCAUGUAUCUCUACAUACAAUUAGAACAGAAUUGACCACUUGCAAGGAAACUGGUUAAUACAUGUAUAGUUUCAGCUGUAAAAGGUUAAAACAUGUAUGGUUUAUGCUGUAGAAUAGACAUAGAUGUUGAAAUAUUAGUUGCCAGUGUCAAAUUGUAUAAAGAAAAUUAAUUUAACCAACCUUAGAAAAUCAAAAUGUUGAUAAAUGUUAUAAGCCAUUUGUGUUUAUCAUUUGCUUUCAAAUGUUAUUGUGAUUUUAUCAAUGUUAUUGUGAAUUUUUGUUGAUUUUUACAGUUAAAAAAGAUAUUUUUACCAUUCCAAAGGAACAAAAAUAAAAUUAUUUAUUUGUG